AUGGCUAGAAAAUGGGGUUGGUUUUCUACAGUGAAGAAAGUUAUCAGUCCUGCUGAUUCCAAGAAAUAUCAGAAAAACCACAAUAAGCUGAAGACAACAUGGUCUGCCGAACCAGCAGAUUUGGAACCACCUCUUUCAUCCAAAGAAGAACCAGUAUUUGAUGUUGCCCCUCCUCUUCCAUCUAUUGGCACUGGUCAGGAAGAGAUCAAGCAAGAUUAUCCAGUAGAUGAUGCCCCUACUGCUGUUACAGCGGAUGCUGCAACUGCUGAUGACGCACAGGCUACUAAUGAAGAGGUUAAUGUUCAUCUAACAAGUCCGCCUCAUUACCUGGGGAAGACAAAGGAAGAAAUAGCUGCUAUCAAAAUUCAGACGGCAUUUCGAGGGUAUCUGGCGAGAACAACAUUGCAUGCAUUAAGAGGGCUGAUGAGGUUGAGAACAUUGAUGCAAGGGCACUCUGUGAAACAGCAAGCAGUAGCCUCCUUACGAUGCAUGCAGACUCUUGCAAAGGUGAAAUCUCAGAUUUGUGAGAGGAGAAUUAGAAUGUCUGACGAGAACCAGUCCCUUCAGCGGCAGCUGCAGCAGGGGAACGCAAUAAUGCAGAUUGGAGAAGAAUGGGAUGAUAGCACGAAAUCUAAGGAAGAAAUUGAAGCAAGGCUGCUGGACAGAAGAGAAGCAGCUGUGAGAAGGGAGAGGGCUCGGACUUACUCAUCCUUACAUCAGCAAACAUGGAAGAAGGCCUCAAAGAGCGGAAACAGGACGUUGAUGGGAAGCACGAACCCAGAUUGGCGCUGGAGCUGGGGGGAGAGAUGGAUGGGAGGAGGGGCGUGGGGUGAGAUGGAGGUGGCGGCAAGGAGCGGGGUUCAGUGGCUCAAAAACCAAGCCACCAUUCAAGUGAUAUUGAAGAGGGAGAGCCAAGGCGAGGGCAGCACCAUCGGAGGCAUAGCAUUGGGGGAUUGGCAGUGA